AGUCGAGCGGAGUGCCUAGUGCUGCAUGUGGUGUGCGGUGGUUCCGGUCAGUGUAGCAGCGCCGCUUGGUGGCGGUAACGUAGUGUGCGUAGUUGCGUUCCGCUGCACCGUGUUAUGAUAGUUUUGACGGACGAACACGCGUAAGAGCAUACCGUUUUUUUUGCGUUACAACUCCCCCCGCUUGUGGCUUUUGGCGGUGCGUGUCCGUUGCCCUUCGAAACGAAAGCCAACGACGGGUGUGUUUAGAAGCCGGAGAGGGCCGGAGUACUGGAUACUAGAAACGGGAAGAGCGAGGAAGCAAGAAAUUCCGCGAAGAAACGAAUCUUAGUGUACGUGUCUACGAAUAGGUGACGGGCGGAAGGAAACAUCGAAUUUCGAGGGUGAUUGCUGUGAGUGUGUGUUUUAGUUGUUGCUACCUACCGGACAACUUUCUGCGUAACCACGAACCAGACGGUCAGCUUCACCAGCAGGGGAUAACCUAAUAGGAACCGGCUCCGGAAAGGGACGUAGAAGAGAAGCAGCAUCCAAAAACAAACCGCAAAAUGUCUGGCCCAACGUCGUUAGUCGGUGCGGAAGAGGAGGAGCAAACCAAUUACCACACACCGGACGAGACCGGACUGACGAAGUCGCAGAAGGUCGCCCUGAUUGCGGCGUGGAGCAUCGUCAAGAAGGACCUGGUAACACACGGGCGUAACAUUUUCGUGAUCUUCUUCGAGGAGUACCCACAGUAUUUGGAUUACUUUGAUUUCUCCGCCAGCGAUGCGGCCGGUGAUCUUGGCGAGAAUCGAUCCCUCCACGCGCACGCACUGAACGUGAUGAACUUUAUCGGCACCCUGAUCGACUACGGGCUGAACGAUCCCGAUCUGCUCAAGUGCAGCUUAGCGCGGCUGGUCCGGAACCACCGGAGGCGCAACGUGACCAAGGAGGAUGUCGGUGCCGUCGGUGGAGUGAUUAUGCGCUACUGCUUGAAAGCCCUCGAGCAGCAUCGAUCGAAGACGCUCGAGGAUGCGUUCGGCGCCUUCCUGGGGACGGUGGCGGCCGCGUUCGAGUGAGCGGCGGGCAGACCAAACACCCGACCCGUGAUCCGGAGUGUGUUCGAAAUCGUUCAUGUAUCACGCAACCAAGCGCCGUCAACGUCGGCAUUCGCACCAGCACCUGUCCUACUACUCGAUGCCGACGGUCUACCGAUUCGUCGGCCUCAAACAAAUGUUCCUCUCUAAUGCAACACACAUACACACUCAGUCGACGUGUUUUCCCAAACGCUAGCGAACGCAUCCCCGUGGGCGCGCAGCUUUUUAUGAGCAACGUAGAAUAAAAUUUGAGUAUCGAACUAACCGUA